AUGUAUCUCCAUCAGUAUGACUAUAUCUUCGGUAUCGGCACCGUGUUUGCCAUGCUCGAUGCCUACAACAACGGUGCAAAUGAUGUGGCCAACUCCUGGGCAACCAGUGUGUCCUCCCGGUCCAUCUCCUACCGACAGGCCAUGGUGCUCGGUACCAUCUUCGAGUUCCUAGGCGCGGUCACCGUCGGUUCCCGGACGGCUGAAACGAUCAAGAACGGUAUCAUUCCCGCUAAGGCGUUCCAGGGCAAUGCUGGAGUGCAGAUGAUGGCUUUCACCUGUGCCCUGGCUGCUGCCUCAUCCUGGGUCAUGUGGUGCACUCGUCACUCGGCUCACGUCUCUUCGACCUACUCCCUCAUCUCGGCCGUUGCUGGUGUUGGUGUUGCUACUGUUGGUGCUUCGGAAGUGCAAUGGGGCUGGAACAAUGGCAAGGGUCUUGGUGCCAUCUUCGCCGGUCUGGGCAUGGCCCCGAUCAUCUCGGCUGGUUUCGCAGCCACCAUCUUCAUGCUGAUCAAGGUCAUCGUUCACAUGCGUCGCAACCCUGUUCCCUGGGCUGUCUACAGCUCUCCCUUCUGGUUCCUGGUUGCGGCCACCAUCUGUACCCUGUCCAUCGUCUACAAGGGCUCCCCUAACUUGGGCCUGACCAAGAAGCCCAGCUGGUGGAUUGCUGCUGUGACCUUGGGCACCGGUGGUGGUGUCUGUCUCAUGGCGGCAAUCUUCUUCGUUCCGUUCGUGCACGCCCGUGUCAUCAAGAAGGACCACUCUGUCAAGUGGUGGAUGAUCAUCUACGGUCCCCUGCUCUUCAACCGCCCGAUUCCCACCGAUGCCGAGACCGCCAAGGUGCCCAACUAUGCUGUUGUCCAGGACGAGUAUGAGGAUGAGGCCUCCGCCCACACCGGAUCCAUCGAUGAAGAGAAGGACCCGAAGACCACCACCAUCCCUGCUGAGGACAAUGAGCAGAGACUGGUCAAGUCCGAGGCCAACCAGCUCACCUACAAGGAGAUCAUGGCUCAAUCUGAGGCCCGCCACCGCGCGAAGCUCCUGAAGAGCCGUGGUCCUCUGGGCUGGGGCAUGCGCUAUCUCCGCGACAACCCCAUGGGUGCUGGUGAGAUCUAUGAGAUUCGCAACAUGUGGAUCCUGCUCAAGCGUAUUCCCCCUACCAUUGUCGUCGGUCUGCUCUAUGGUGCCCACUAUGACAUCCACACCGCCCAGAGCGGUAUUGCUGGUACUCCCGAGGGUGAGCGCAUGAAGCGAGUCUAUGAUGCCGCUGAGAAGUACCCCAACGAGGUCGAGCACACCUACUCUUUCGUCCAGGUCAUUACUGCCUGCACUGCUUCUUUCGCGCACGGUGCCAACGACAUUGGUAACUCCGUUGGUCCCUGGGCUGCCAUCUACGCCGCCUGGUCCACCGGUGAUACCGCUGCCUCCAAAACUCCCGUCCCCGUCUGGCAGCUUGCCGUUCUGGCCCUGUGCAUUUCCUGUGGUCUGGUCACCUACGGUUACAACAUCAUGAAGGUCAUGGGUAACAAGAUUACCUACCACUCUCCCAGCCGUGGUUCCUCCAUGGAAAUGGGCGCUGCCAUCACUGUCCUUGUCUUCUCGCAGUACUCCCUGCCCGUCUCCACCUCGAUGUGUAUCACCGGUGCCACUGUCGGCGUCGGUCUCUGCAACGGUACCCUGAAGGCCGUCAACUUCCAGCGUGUCGGCCUCCUGCUGCUCGCCUGGAUCAUGACCAUUCCCAUUGCCGGCACCCUUGGUGGAUGUUUGAUGGGUCUCUUCAUCAAUGCCCCUCAUUUCCUCUCCUAA